AUGACCAUGACCUCUGACGCUCCUACGCUUGUGCCUGAAAACGCAUUGACUACUGACCCCAAAUGCCUUUGGACACCUUCUCAUCCAGAGAACACACACAUGGAGAAAUUCCGCCAGCUCAUGCAAUCCAAGUAUCAAGAUGAGAAACUGGAUAACUACAAUGCACUCUGGAAAUGGUCCGUUGAAUACCCAGAAGUGUUCUGGUCUGAAGUGUGGGAUUAUACAAAUGUCAUUUCCUCCAGCAAGGGAAACCAUGUUAUCGAUAAAGCCGAGCACUUGGAUGCCAUUCCUGAAUGGUUCAAAGAGGCAAGACUCAAUUUUGCCGAGAACUUGCUGUGGUGUAGACGUUCUGAUAAAACUGCCAUCGUUGCUACUGGUGAAGGCCAUGGCAAGCGCUUCAUUAGCUAUGAAGAGUUAUAUAACGACGUUCUCAAAUUUGCUGAGGCUUUGAAGUCAUUGGGUGUCAAAAAAGGCGAUCGUGUUGCUGCUUAUAUUCCCAAUUGUGCAGAGGCUAUUAUUGCCAUGCUUGCCACCACCAGUUUGGGCGCUCUUUGGAGCUCUACUUCGCCCGAUUUUGGCACUACAGGUGUGCUUGAUCGUUUUAGUCAGAUCCAGCCCAAGGUGCUGAUCUCUGUCAAUGCUGUCAUCUACAAUGGUAAAACACUGAACCACAUCCCCAAGUUGAAGACUGUUGUUGAAGGCCUCCCAUGUCUCGAAAAGGUCGUCUUGAUCCCAUUCGUUGGUGAACUAGAGGAGCCUGAGAAAUACGAGAUUCCUUCCUUGGUUUCUUGGUCCAACUUUUUAAAGACUGUGCCUUCCGACAAGUUGCCCACUGACAUCCAAUUCGAACAGCUGCCAUUCAACCAUCCUGCCUUUGUAUUGUUCAGUUCAGGCACCACUGGUCUCCCUAAAUGUAUCGUUCAUUCGGGUGCUGGUCUCUUGCUUCAGUUGAAAAAGGAACACAUCAUCCACGGUGAUAUGAAUCCUGAAGAUGUGUUCUUUUACUAUACUACUACUGGCUGGAUGAUGUGGAACUGGUUGGUCGCUGGCCUCAGUGUGGGUGCUACAAUCGUCCUCUGGGAUGGAAGCCCUUUCAAGCCCUCUCCCAUCUGUUUGUGGGAACUGACAGAUGAGUUGAAGGUGACUCAUUUCGGUACCUCUGCCAAAUACAUUCAAUCGCUCCAAGAGGCCAAGGUGUAUCCUAUGGAUCUCUGCAAGCUGGAUACUCUCAAGGCUGUUUACUCGACUGGAUCUCCCUUGAAGCCCGAGAGUUUCGAUUUCGUGUACGAGCACAUCAAAAAGGACAUCAUGUUGGGUAGUAUCACUGGUGGUACUGAUAUCUGCUCCUUGUUUGCUGGUCAUAACGCUGCUCUGCCUGUCUAUCGCGGUGAAAUCCAAUGUAUUUGUUUGGGUAUGAACAUCCAAGCUUGGUCUGAUGAAAACAAGCCAGUGUAUGCCAGUGCUGCUGAUCUUGUCUGUGUCACUGCCUUCCCUUGUAUGCCAGUUUGUAUGUACGGUGAUGGUCCUGAAAGAACUAAGUACAAGAGCGCUUAUUUCGACGUGUAUCCUCACAUCUGGUAUCACGGUGAUUUCGUCUGGAUCAACCCCAACACGGGUGGUGUUGUGAUGCUCGGUCGUUCUGACGGUACACUGAACCCCAAUGGCGUUCGUUUUGGCAGUGCUGAAAUUUACAAUGUGGUGGAUAAGUUCAACGUGGAUGGCGGCAUUGAGGAUUCUUUGUGUGUCGGUCAAAAAAUCAAGGGCGAGGAUGAUGAGCGUGUUGUGUUGUUCUUAAAGAUGAAGGAUGGCAGUGAAUCCAUCUCGGAUGAGCUGGUCAAGAAGCUCAAGGUCACCAUUCGUAGUGAAUUGAGUCCUCGUCAUGUACCUGCCUUUAUUCUUGCUAUUAAGGACAUUCCUUACACUAUCAACGGAAAGAAGGUGGAGGUUGCUGUCAAGAAGAUCCUUGGCGGUCAAAAAGUCACUGCCACUGGUACUUUGAGCAAUCCUGAGAGCCUUGAUCACUAUUACAAUAUUCCAGAGUUGGUUCAAUAG